AGCGGUGUUCCUGGCAUGACCCACGGGUCACAAUUUGGGUUCAUAGCUCUUGCUGCAAUGCAUAAAAAGGGAAUCCUCGCCCAUAGGAGACACACAGACCUACAGACAAGCAACAUGUGCUUCUCCGGUGCCAUUCUGGUCCUUGUCCUGGGGUGCCUUUUAUGCAUAGCAUGGCUGAAAGGGAGAACCAAAAAUACAACACUUCUGCCACCCGGACCUUCCCCACUACCACUGAUAGGUAACCUUCUUCAAAUCAGGCCAGAUAAGUUUCUGGAUACAAUGCUGAAGUUUCAGGAGAAAUACGGUCCUAUCUUUACUGUAUAUUUUGGCUCUCGGCCGGUAGUGAUGUUAUGUGGAUAUGAACUGGCUAAAGAGGCUUUGAUAGACCAAAAAGAUGGAUUUAGUGGAAGGGGAAAGAUGCCAAUGGUUCACUACGUCCUAAAAGGAUUUGGCAUAACAGGUAGUAACGGAGAACGAUGGAAACAAAUGCGCCGCUUUGCUCUUACAACAUUGAGAAAUUUUGGUAUGGGGAAGAGAUCCAUUGAAGAGAGAAUCCAAGAAGAAGCUCACUUUCUAGGGGAGGAAUUCAGCAAAACCAAAGGAGAGCCAUUUGACCCAACCUUCCUUCUAAGCUGCGCUGUAUCUAACAUCGUCUGCUCUAUCGUAUUCGGGAAGCGGUUUCAUUACAACGAUCAACAUUUCUUAUCGCUGCUUCGGAAUAUUAAUGGGAUCAUUCGCCUUAUGAACUCUACUUGGGGCUUGGUUGUUUACAACUUUGAGAGGCUCAUCCGCUAUGUUCCAGGACCUCCUCAGCGAGGGGUGCGAUAUUUACAUGAGCUUAAAGCAUUUGUUCGUGAGAUGGUGGAAGGCAGUCUAAAGACCCUGGACCCCCAUUCCCCUCGCCACUUUAUCGACUGUUUUCUGAAGAGGAUACAACAGGAUAAGGAGAAUCCAGACACAGAAUUUCAUAUGGAGAAUCUUGUGGCUUCAACAGUAAACCUAUUUACUGCUGGGACAGAAACUGUCAGCACAACUCUUCGCUACGGCUUUCUCAUCCUGUUGAAGCAUCCAGAAAUUCAAGUUAAGGUCCAGAAGGAGAUUGAUCGAGUAAUAGGUCAACGAUAUCCGUCAGCUGAAGACCGAACCAAGAUGCCUUACACUGAGGCCGUAAUCCAUGAGAUCCAGCGAUUUGGUGAUAUUGUCCCAACUGGACUGCCACACUGCACAACAGAGGAUGUAUCACUCCGGGGCUAUGUAAUACCCAAGGGCACAGAUGUGUUCCCAUUACUUACCUGUGUAUUGAAGGAUCCCACCCAGUUUCCAGAUCCAGAAGUAUUCUCGCCAACCAGGUUUCUGGACAAUAACGGAGGCCUGGAGAAGAAUCCAGCCUUGCUGCCUUUUUCUGCUGGAAGGCGGAUGUGCCCAGGGGAAAGCUUGGCCCGCAUGGAGCUCUUUCUUUUCCUCACCUCCCUCCUCCAGAAGUUCACCUUGACCUCCCCGGUACCUCGAGAAGACCUCAACUUAGCCCAUGAAGUCAGCAGUGCUGGACACUUUCCUCGCUUCUACAAAAUGUCUGCCAUUCUCCGCACUAGCACAAUAUAGUCUUGAUUUUGUUUUUUUUUAUUUUCCUAUUGUAAUUUACAUUCAACUUGUAUUUUCCUUUUAUACUGUAGUAGCAAAAUAAAAACAUAUUUAUUUAAGCA